AUGUCCCAACCGUCUGCUGCCGUGCUUGCUAGGCAGCGGCGACGACUGGCUGCUCGGAGGAAAGACUUGUCCACGAGCUCUUCACGAUAUGCGAGCAGAUCAGCCUGGACGAGCGCAUGGCAGGCCAUCGGACUCGCUGGUGCAGACGGCAACAGGGACGGCCAAUUCACGGCGCAAGUGCGAGAGAAGGCAGCUUUCGUCGAUCCUCUCAAACUCGUUGGACAUGAGCUAGGCUCUUUGCGGUCGAGCAUCAAGCAGUUGCUCGGCUCUGGCCAUCCAGCGCUCGACACAAUCGCAAAGUACUACUUUCAGGCCGAGGGCAAACACGUGCGACCGCUGAUCGUCUUGCUCAUGUCCCAGGCUAUGAAUGGCUUGUCGCCCGUCUACGAGGAGCGGCGGCAGACAGCGAUAUCGACAGCUCAUUCUCCAGGAGGUGCUCAAGGUAUCAAUGAGCCUCUCUCGCCUUCAGACAUCUUGAACGAUUAUAACCCCGAUGAAAGCGAGUCUAUACCCAGCGCGACUCAUGGCGCAAUCCUACCCACACAGCGACGCCUGGCAGAGAUCACUGAGAUGAUUCACGUCGCUUCUUUACUGCAUGACGAUGUCAUCGACGAGGCGAACAUGCGCCGUAACGCUCCUUCAGCUCCGUCACUGUUCGGCAAUAAGCUCUCCAUUCUCGCAGGCGAUUUCCUGCUUGCCCGCGCUUCCGUCGCAUUGAGUCGACUAGGUAGCAACGAAGCCGUCGAGCUCGUCGCCAGCGUUCUCGCCAACCUCGUCGAAGGCGAGGUCAUGCAAAUGAAAGGAGCCUCAUCAGGCUCGAGAAUGUCGCCGGAGCUUUUCGAGCACUACAUGCAAAAGACAUAUCUCAAAACUGCAAGCUUGAUUGCAAAAUCUGCCAGAGCGACUGCUAUACUCGGUGGCGCUGGCACACGUCAAGGCUGGCCAGAAGGCGAGUACAUCAAGGAUCUGGCCUAUUCUUAUGGUCGCAACCUGGGUAUCGCUUUCCAGCUCGUGGACGAUAUGCUGGACUAUACCGCGCAGGAUUCCAUCUUAGGCAAGCCAGGCCAAGGCGCGGACCUCAAGCUCGGGCUGGCCACAGCACCGGCUCUCCUUGCGUGGGAAGAAUUCCCGGAGAUGGGCGAGCUUAUCAAGCGCAAGUUCGAGCAUGAUGGUGACAUCGACCUCGCAAAGCAUCUUGUUGGAAAGUCAUCAGGACUCGCAAGGACAGCCUCGCUCGCAGCAGAAUAUGCAGCAACAGCCAAAGGAGCGCUCGCUCGUCUACCUGAUUCAGAAGCGCAGCGAAAUGAUGUACGGCGCAGCGCAAUGCACGAGCGUGCGCAUACUCUCCACAUACUCGUCAGCUCCCCGGCGAUAGCUACAUCGGGUCUGGCUGUCGGCCACGUCGCUAGCCAACUUUCAGACCGGGCUCGACUCAGCCUGUGA